UUUUUUUUUUUUUUUUUUUUACUUAUUUUUUUUGGUUCAUAGAUUGCCAAGAUUUUAUUGAAACAUCAAGCCAAUGUGAAUCAAACCAAUGAUAUCCAACAAAUCCCAUUGUAAGUAGGAUGAGAAAUAACAAUCAUCAUAUGACUGAUCCUCAACUUAUAUGUAGACAUCGAGCAUCAGUACAAGGAUAUACACCAUUGGUCAAGUUAUUAUUAGACAACGGUAGUCGGGUAAAUCCUCCUGAUCAAGCUAGGAAUACACCAUUACAUUUGGCUUGUGAAGAAGGUCAUGGUGAUACUGCUGUAAUCUUAUUGGAAAAUGGUGCUGAUUCUGAUAGACUGAAUACUGAUGGGAAAACACCUGUUGAUCUUUGUUCUAAUGAAUUGAAAUCUUUUCUAUCUCAACAUUUAGAUUAGUAUAUAUAUAUAUAUAUAUAUAUAUAUAUUUUCC